AUGGAGGAUGCUGAGGAGAAGGGUCUGAUUAAACCUGGGAUCACGAUAUUAGUUGAAGGCACAGAUCCUAAACUUGGAUUUCAGGGAAUGGUUGAAAGAAUUGAGCAGCUGAAAGAGAAGGAUCCAAAUGUUUAUGUUCUUGAUCAGUUUACCAAUCCAGCAAAUCUUGAUGCACAUUUCACAGGCACCGGACCAGAGAUUUGGAAUGACACGGCUGGCAAAGUAGACAUCUUUGUAAGUGGUACUGGAUCAGGAGGUACAUUGACCGGUGCCGGAAAAUAUCUGAAAAUGAAAAAUCCCGAUAUCAAGAUAAUUUGCGUUGAACCUGCAGAAAGUGCAGUCGGAAAAUAUCUGAAAAUGAAAAAUCCCGAUAUCAAGAUAAUUUGCGUUGAACCUGCAGAAAGUGCAGUCCUUUUAGGUAAUUUUGAUUUUGGAAUCAGAGAAAAGAAGUAG